AUGGCGCCCGCGGACGCGAGCGGCUCCGCGGCUGGGGGGAGCUGUCGUGCGUUCCUCUCCUCUGUCCCUGCCGCCCCCGCGGCCAGCGACGACGCAGGCUACGAGAUUGACUGUGUGGACGACUGCCCCUGCAUCAAAUUUCAACACGCGUCGAAGCUCCAUCUCUCUGCGGCGUCUUCGCUGGCGCCUGCCCUCGCGUCGGCGUCUGCGCUCCCGUCGCUGCUCUCUGGCGCGCGGUGUUUAGACAGCGUGUGUCUGCUCCAUUGCUGCGACGCGCUGCUCCUUCCCGCGAGCGGAAACAUCAUCGCAGUCGACGCGACGGAGGCGGCUUGCGGGGCUUUUCAGUACCGCGGGCACCUUUCGCUGUCGCAGCCGGGCGAGGCGAGCCCAGGAAACGCGGAUGACGAGUUUCCCUCGCUUCUGCUUCCAAGCCCCGACGCGCGCCUGCUCGCCGUCGCGGUGGGCUCCAAAGUCAAGCUCGUUCAGACCGGUCGGUGUAUGGACUCUGCCGGCGCUUUGGACAGAGAAAAAACCCGACGAUCCUGCUGCGUCUGCGACGGAGCAGAGCUCCUGACACUUGCCACAUUCGCCGCCUCUGUGAAGGAUCUAUCUUGGAUCUGCGACAGGCAGGCGGUGGGAGAGAAAGGAUACGGCCGCGCCCUCGGCCUCGCCGUCGUGACCGAAGACGGCGAGGCCUUCAUCGUCUCUCCUGAGGCAGGAACGCGAGCUUUUGCGCUCCCUGCGCACGCCUUGGCGAUUCAGGCGCUCCCAAUGCGCGGCCCUAGCGAGGAGGAGGAAGGACACUCGCCUCCGGCCGCGGUCGUCAGCUGCUGCGCCCCGGCGUCGCUUUGGCUCGUUGGGCUCCAGGCGCUCGCGGAGAGCGCCGGCGCGCCGGCCGAGCAGGAGGGCCUUCCGGCGGGCGGAGGAGCCGCGCGCUCCGAUGAAGAGCCUUUGUACAACUUCUGUGGAGACCGGCGCGUGCAGGGAGAGCUGGCGAAGGCGGCGAUGCAGCAGAGGCGGUCGCGAAUCAUGAUCGAGGGCCUGGAGGAGAUUGACGGCUUCGAAGAGGAGGGCGAGGCGCUUCAGAAGGGCCUGGGCCGCUUCGUAGGGCUGCAGCCCCUCGCGGCGUCGGCAACCGCAGGCGCGUCUGCGGAUCUCGUCGUGCCUGUCGCGCUGGCGUGGCUGGUGCCCGAUGCGCAGCUGUGCGGCGCGGGCGACGCAGACGAGAGCGAAGAGGCGGCCGCGGCGGAGCCCUGCCUCGACCCGCUUCGCGGCGGCGCAGACGGUUCGCGCGACGAGGACGAGUCGUGGAGCAGCUUCAUUCUGUUUGGGUCGCUCUGGCGCCGUCCUCGCGUGGACGGCGAGGCUGAAGUCAUCUUCCGCGUCUACGCCGCGAGCCGCAACGAGCUCUUCCUCCGCGCCGUUGACGCCUCCACGCGGUGCCGGUUCAUGUGGAUUCCGGAGUGGCGAGCUCUUUGGGUUUUCAGCAAUGCAUGCACGCAGGUCAUCUGCUUCGCUCUGCCAGACUUCUUCUCGAAGCCGGCCUCGCCGGCGGACGCCAGCGUGAGCUUUGGAUCGGCACCCCGGCCCUGGAAGUGCUUCAUGAUGCCCGAAGGCCGCGGCCUCGAGACCGCCGACGAAGACGCGUUCCCGCAGGGCCUCGCACUCUUUGUGAACUUUAGAGAAAAAAUGUUCAGAGAAAACGCGACAACCGACACGCCCGCCCUCGAACGCCCCCCCGUCUUCUUCCUUCUCCAGUCAGACGGCGAAGUCUGCGUGCAUUUGGCAGACUGCUGCGAGUGCUUCGUAGACGACGCCGGCGUCGGGAAGGAGAUUCCGCUGCUGCCGCGGCUCGAGUGGGCGCCUCCACCGUCAUUAUCACGCCUCGCAGACUGGCGAGACGCCUAUGGCCGCGCGCGCGAAGCCGCGAAAAAAGCGAGCCCAGAGAAAGAGAGCGCACGCCCGGAUGUCUCCGCCGCGGCUGUCUCAAACGCGGCGUCGCCGUCCUCCCCCGCGGCGCCGCCUCCUCCAGCCUCCUCGACGCCUUCGCUCUUCGCGUCUUCGCCUCUCUUCGCGUCUUCGCCUCUCUUCGCGUCUUCUUUGCUUCCUGCACAGCAGAAGCAGCCGACAUCUUCACUUUUUGGAUUGGGGACUGCUCAAGCGCCCAGUCUCUUCUCGUCCGCUCCUGCCUCCUCGGCGUUGCCUCCGUGUUUGUUCUCUUCUUCUUCGCCUUCGCUCUCUCCGCCUGCGUCGCUGUUCGCGGCCUAUUCUGCGCCAGCGGCUCCAGCUUUUGCGGCGGCUCCGCCGCAGACUGCGGGAGUAGCUCCAGGGAGCAGCCCAGACUCCAGUUCCUCGCAGGCAGCGCCGCUUGUGCCGACUUUGGAGCCCGAGCUGGGCAAGAAGGCGGACAAGUGCGUGAAGAAGGAGCGAGGAGGAAACUCUGCAAAGGAAUCGACUCCCGCAGACGCGAGGCGCGUUGAACUCCGAGUUUCAGGCAAGAAGGGAUGCUGCACACACUGCGGAGCUCGGCCUGACGCGAAGGGCAGCAGCCAGCGAGCCUGGGGCUCCCUGAGGCGUCGCGAAGAGGGGAAGAAGAGGGAGCAAGAAAAGAGACGGGCGCGCCGCGAGCAAGAGAAAAACACCUCGCUGUCCACAGCAGCCAAGGCAGCGAGUGCGGCCGCCGAAGCGACGCUGGCAGCGGCGCGAGGCAAGAAGGGAUUGGACCGCGUCGGAGAGGAAAAAGCGAAGAAGAUCAGAGUCCCUCUGACUCAAGAACAAACAGAUAUGAUUCAACUUCUCGACGAGUUCGAGACGCGGAAGGCCACUUUCUGCUCCUUCUCGCGCUUCCUGCCCGCGUCGCUCUUUCGUCCGCUGCUGCUGUCUCUGCGCUGCUUCGAAACCGCCCUGCGCCGCGACGAGCGGCGCGAAGUCCUCCACAGCACAGCUGCCAGUGCCUGUUCGUCCGCUGCCUCGCUGACCUCGCUCCUGAAGGCGCGUGGCCUAGGCGCGGGCGCGGAUCCGGGUGAGACGGGGGGGGCGGAAAGCCCUCUGGACAAGUCAGGCGUCUUUCUGCUACCAGUCGUCGCGGCGAGCGUUGCCGAUGCGAAGACGUCGGCGGACGAGCUUCAGCGGGAGAACGACAGGCUCCGGGAGCGCCAAGAGGAGAUUGAGCAACUCGCGCGGAGGCUGCAGCAGACGCAGCAGCAGCUGGCUGCCUGGCGGGAGUGCCUGGAGGCCGUCCGCGACCACCUGCGCCUCCGCGCCCUCGCCCUCGCCGCGACGCCAGAGAGCCGCGGGGAGAGGGCGGACGACGAAGCGACGCAGGCCGCCGCGGAGGCCUUCCACAGCGGAGAGGGGGGGAGCGCUGAGGAGAGGCUGACUGAGGAGAGCGUUGUGGCGUGCAUGUACGACCUGCAAAAGGCGUGGGCAGAGCGCGACAACCUACUCCGCGCGCUAGCCGCUCUGCAGGCGCAGGGAAUGGGCGACUGCAGUCAAGAGGCGCAGGGCGGCGAACGCGAAGACGCGCUGAUAAAGUUGGAGAGCGCCCUUUUGCGCGACCAGCGCCAUCUGCGCCUGCUGCUGCAGCGAUUCCGCUUCUUCGGCGCGCUCGAGUCCUGCGGCUGGUGCGCUAUGAGCGGUGGCGCCGAGGGCCCUCGCCCUGCGCCUCUGUCCGCGCUGCGUGGCUGGCGGCCGAGUCGCGGCGGAGACUUCGAGACUGGCGCCGGGGCGAAGGCAGAAGGCGAGGCGAGGCCUUCACAGGGGCGGAAGCCUGGCUGCUACGGCAUGCGGCUCGAGUGGCUGGACGACGACGACAGCGGAAACGAAUGUGCGGAGAAACGCGAAGAGAGUGCCCAGCAUAGCGGCCUCGAAGACGCACAGCGCGCCACGUCUUCCGCUGCGCGUCCUUUUGUGCACUUCCCAGCUGCCGACCUCCGAGCCGAAGGCGUCCCGCGCAGCAGCGGCGUCUCCGGCGCGGCGCCCGUGAGACCCUCCUCGGCGCUUUCUGUUUCGCUCUUUGGCGACAACGCGGACGUGAUCGCAGGGGGGUCCACGACGGCAGGCCUCCUGAGACCGCGGAUCGGCUUCGCGGGCGCAGCGCGGUCUGCCGAGAAACACAGGGUGGAGGCGGCCAUGGCGCAGCUGCAGCAGGCUGUGAGCACAUUCCUCGCGUCAACUCGACAGCUGGAGAGCCAGUUGGCGAAGCUCGAGUGGGCGGCGGCGGACCUGGAGUCCCCGGCUGCGCCGUCGUCUCCGCAGCCCCCGAUGGAGGCCGCCGCCGAACCCUCGAGCGUGUUCGCCUCGUCCCUCGCCCUUCUGCGCGCUCGCCUCCAUCUGCAAGAGUCCGGGGAGGCAAAAGAGGCGUCCGUCGGGCCUCAGGCAGAGCGAGAAAACGCGCAGCUAGCAUCAGGUUCCUCUGCCUUUUCGCAUUCCGUGGAUGCGGAAAGGCAGAGGCUAGAAGAGAGAAGAAGGCUCCGGGUGCAGCUGCUCGAGGCGUGGAGGUCGGCGGCGCCGCUCAGCCGCAAAGAAGCAGAGGCGACGGCAGAAGACGAAGCGUUCAGCGAGACGGAGGAAGAAGAAGUCGAGGAAGAAGAGGAAGAUGAAGAGGACAGCGAAGACGAGGCGGAGCUGCUGGAGGACGAAGAGGAAGAUAGCGACUUUGGAGACUUCUCCGAAGAGGAAACCGAAAGCGAUCGCAGCUGGGAGCCUGUGAGUGGAAGCGCGUCGUAUCGAGAGAGAGUCCUCCGCGGCGCCUCCUCUGAGAAGCCGAAGGCAGGCGUCUCGAAGACGCACAGGCGGCGAUGGAACGCGAGCGAAGAAGGCUGCCUCUCAGCGCGUUCGUCGGAGGACAGCGACUUCUCGCCGGGCCUCGACUCGCUUUCGGCGGGCUCGUCGUCUCCCUCCUUCUCCUCGUCUCUUCAGAACCUCUCCUCCCGCGGCCAGUCCCCCAGAGCCUCAGGCGACUUUUCAGACUCCCUCUCACCUGGGGAAGACGAAGAGGACCUGGCGUCCAGCGGCGGGUCGGAGAGCGGCAGCGAAGACGGCGAGGAGGACGACGCGACGCAGGAGACGCGGGAGGAGGAGGUCCCAGGCAAAGAGGACAGGAAGCCAGGCUUCUCACAGCUUCUGCCCGCCUCUCCCUUCUCACCGACAGUCAACGCUGCAGGGAACCCGGCUCUGCCUGCGUCCAUCUCCGCGCCAGCGUCCUUAUUUGCCUCUUCGCCCCUAUUCUCCAAGCCCGCACUCUUCGCGUCGGGCACCGCGCCUGCAUCCACCCAAGCCGAUUUGGAGCCCGUUACUCCUCACCCUGCUCCCUUACCUAAGUCUGCACCGCUGCCUCCUCAACCCACCGCAACUUCAGAAUCUGCACCGCUGCCUCCUCAACACACCGCGACUUCGAAGUCUGCGCCGCUUCCUCCUGAGCCCUUCGCGGCUUUGAAAUCCGCGCCUCUCCCUCCCGAGCCUACCGCGACUUCAAAAUCUGCGCCGCUUCCUCCUGAUCCCACUGCGGCUUCGAAGUCUGUGCCACUUCCUCCCGAGCCUACCGCGACUUCAAAAUCUGCGCCGCUCCCUCCUGAUCCCACUGCGGCUUCGAAGUGUGUGCCUCUCCCUCCCGAGCCUAUCGCUUCUACUAAGUCUGUGCCGCUCCCGCCUGAGACCUUCGCGGCUUUGAAGUCUGUGCCUCUCCCCCCCGAGCCUACCGCUUGUACUAAGUCUGCGCCGCUCCCUCCUGAGCCCUUCGCGGCUUUGAAAUCUGUGCCUCUCCCUCCCGAGCCUAUCGCUUCUACUAAGUCUGCUCCGCUCCCUCCUGAGCCCUUCGCGGCUUUGAAGUCUGUGCCUCUCCCUCCCGAGCCUAUCGCUUCUACUAAGUCUGUGCCGCUCCCGCCUGAGCCCUUCGCGGCUUUGAAGUCUGUGCCUCUCCCUCCCGAGCCCUCCGCUUCUACUAAGUCUGCGCCGCUCCCUCCUGAUCCCACUGUGGCUUCGAAAUCCGCGCCUCUCCCUCCCGAGCCUAUCGCUUCUAGUAAGUCGGCGCCGCUCCCUCCUGAGCCCUUCGCGACUUCAAAAUCUGCGCCGCUCCCUCCUGAUCCCACUGCGGCUUCGAAGUGUGUGCCUCUCCCUGCCGAGCCUACCGCUUGUACUAAGUCUGCGCCGCUUCCUCCUGAGCCCUUCGCGGCUUCGAAGUCUGUGCGUCUCCCUGCCGAGCCUACCGCUUCUACUAAGUCUGCGCCGCUCCCUCCUGAGCCCUUCGCGGCUUUGAAGUCUGUGCCUCUCCCUCCCGAGCCUAUCGCUUCUAGUAAGUCGGCGCCGCUCCCUCCUGAGCCCUUCGCGGCUUCGAAGUCUGUGCCUCUCCCUCCCGAGCCUACCGCUUCUAGAAUGUCUGCGCCGCUCCCUCCUGAGCCCACUGCGGCUUUGAAAUCCGCGCCGCUUCCUCCCGAGCUUACCGCGACUUCAAAAUCUGCGCCGCUUCCUCCUGAGCCCUUCGCGGCUUCGAAGUGUGUGCCUCUCCCUCCCGAGCCUACCGCUUGUACUAAGUCUGCGCCGCUUCCUCCUGAUCCCACUGCGGCUUCGAAGUGUGUGCCUCUCCCUGCCGAGCCUACCGCUUGUACUAAGUCUGCGCCGCUUCCUCCUGAGCCCUUCGCGGCUUUGAAGUCUGUGCCUCUCCCUCCCGAGCCUACCGCUUCUACUAAGUCUGCGCGGCUCCCUCCUGAGCCCUUCGCGGCUUUGAAGUCUGUGCCUCUCCCUCCCGAGCCCUUCGCGGCUUCAAAGUCUGUGCCUCUCCCUCCCGAGCCCUCCGCUUCUACUAAGUCUGCGCCGCUCCCUCCUGAUCCCACUGUGGCUUCGAAAUCCGCGCCUCUCCCUCCCGAGCCUACCGCGACUACUAAGUCUGCGCCGCUUUCCCCUGAUCCUACGGCGGCGUCGCAGGCUGGCGUUGAAGUCAACGCACUGGACGAAAAGGAAACAGGCAGCGAAGCAGAUAGUAGUGCAGCGGCUGUUGAGAGAGAGGAGGCAGAAGAGAGGAGGUCGGGUGUGCAUCAAAGCGUCCCCCUCCCUCCUGCGCUCUCAGCGAGGCCUACUGCGGGCGCUGCCGCCUCGUCCGCUCUCCACGCACCGACCGUGGAGGCAAUGAAUAGUGAGGCACAAAAGAAAUGCGAGACGGCAGAAAAAGACGCCGGGGGUGAGACGGCAAAGCUCGGAGAUGCUCCGUUGGCAAGCAGCACGGGUCUCGCUGCUGCUUCCCCGUCUCCCUCGCCUGCAUCGUCUCUGUUUGGCGCCCCUUCGACUGCGUCUCCGUUCUCCGGCUUUGGGGUCCAGACCUCGUCCCCGGGCGCGGGGGGCCUGUUUCGGGGCUCGUCCGCCUCCCCAGCCGCGGGAGCACAGACGGGUUCGAGCUUCUUCACAGGCACGUUUGACGCGAAGCCGAGUGCCUCGGCGUUGUCUUCGCUGUUUGGCGAGAACAAACUCGAUCUGAAGAGCCUGGGCGAGUCGCUUUCUGCACCGCUGCCUAUGACGUCGGGCUUCGCCGGCAGCUCGUUCCUCUCUGGGGGCCUCUUCGGCACCACGCCCUCGGCGUCCUCUUCGUCGUUCGCCUCGUCGUCCAGCGGGGCGCCUGAGGGCGCAGCAGACAGCGACAGAGAGGCUGCAGGCGGCGGGGGCCUACUGUCUGUGCUGUCUGGCUCCCAGCCUUCGACCUUCUCGUCUUCUCUCUCCUCGCCGUUUGGUGCGGUGAGCACCACAGGGGGCUUUGGUGCCGCAGGCAGCUCCACUUCGCCGUUCUCGACGCCGUUUGGCGCCGUAGCGGGCGGCCGCGGCGGCGCACCGUCGGUCUCCUUCAAGGACAUCGCCGUGGAUGACCUCAGCAUCGGGCAGCGCCAGACCUACAGCUUCGGCAUGGCUGACAACAGCAGCAACCUCUCCUCGGUGCAGCUGGGAGGGAGCCCGCUGGGCGCCUCCCCCCCCAGCGCGACGGGCGGAACUGGCUUCGCGGGCCUCGCGCCCGGCGGCAGCGGCGGUUUCGCUUCGUUCUCUUCCUCCGCGACUCCGACGGGCGGCGCUUUCGCUGCGCUCGCGGCCCAGACUCCCGCGGGUUCGAGUUUCUUUCCUUCUUCUUCGCCUGCGUUUCCCUCUCCGGCGGGCAACGGGGCUUUCACGGGGGCCUCGGGUUUCGGCUCCUCGCCGCCGUCGAACGCGCCGCCGGCAGCCUCGUCGCCCUUCGGCGGCGGCCUGAGCAGCGACGGAGGCUUUGGCUCGCCGCCGGCAGGCGCGGGGUCCUCCUUCCAAGGCGCGAACAACUGGGGGGCGGGGGGAGCAGCGACUUUCGGCUCGCUGGGAAGCUCGCCGCAGAACGCUUUCGGCGCCUCGCCGUCGGCCUUCCCCUCCUCUUUCUCUUCGUUCUCCUCUUCGUCGCCCUCCGGCUUCGCCUCCUUCGCGAACGCAGGCUCGACGAACGCCGCCGCGGGCGCCUCCCCUGCGGCAGCUGUUCCAGGGGCGGGCUCGGGCAGCCUGUGGAGCAGGCCGCGGACCUCGAACCCGCUGAACUAG